UGUAAACAACUCUUGCCGGUUGCAGGUCGGAGUUGGCGGAGCGCUCGAUAUCAGCGUUAAGAGGUAACGUGAGCAGGAAUUCAACUUACAGACCCCCCACUCAGCGAAUUGUUGGUUAGGUAAUCAGCCCGCAAUUUGAUUAGUUGAAAACAUUUGUUAAAAUGCGAUUGUUGGUGAAACGCACAAAUCUGUUGCUGACCCAAUACACAGGGCAGUUUCGCCCGACGAUGUCGAUGACGACGCCAAUUGCUGGAAUGGCAACCGGUUCGCAAUUUCACAAAUUGGCUACAGCAACAAAAGCGGCGGCAGCAACAAGUGCCCAGCCCGACAUUGAGAAUGACAAUAGAAUAAUGGCAGCGACUCGCCCAGCACAGCGACAAUUGCCAAGAGCUUCACCUCUAACUGAUACCUUUGGCAGACAUCAUACAUAUCUGAGAAUUUCACUCACCGAACGCUGCAAUUUGCGUUGUGAAUAUUGCAUGCCGGCGGAAGGUGUGCCCCUGCAGCCCAAAUCACAGCUGCUUACCACCGAGGAAGUGUUGCGCCUCGCACGCAUCUUCGUGGAGCAGGGUGUGCGCAAGAUUCGCCUGACUGGCGGUGAGCCGACGGUGCGCCGCGACAUUGUCGAUAUUGUGGCACACCUUAAGGCGUUGCCGCAGCUGGAGAAUGUCGGCAUUACAACCAAUGGCCUGGUGCUGACACGACUGCUGUUGCCGCUGCAGCGCGCUGGCUUGGAUUCGCUGAAUAUCAGCUUGGAUACGUUGCGAAAGGAACGCUUCGAGCAGAUAACGCGACGUAAAGGCUGGGAGCGGGUCAUAGCGGGCAUCGACCUCGCCAUCCAAUUGGGUUAUCGGCCAAAAGUCAACUGUGUGCUGAUGCGCAACUUUAAUGAGGAUGAGAUCUGCGAUUUUGUGGAGUUCACUCGCGAGCGACCAGUGGAUGUGCGAUUCAUCGAAUACAUGCCCUUCUCGGGCAACAAGUGGCAGACGGAGCGUUUGAUCUCCUUUAAGGAAACUGUUCAGAUCAUUCGCCAGCGUUGGCCUGAGUUUCAGGCAUUGGCAAAUGGCCCCAAUGACACCUCUAAGGCGUAUGCAGUGCCAGGAUUUGCCGGCCAACUGGGCUUCAUUACCUCGAUGACGGAACACUUUUGUGGCACCUGCAAUCGUUUGCGCCUCACUGCUGAUGGUAAUAUUAAAGUGUGCCUAUUUGGCAACAAGGAGUUCUCGUUGCGCGAUGCCAUGCGCAGCGAGGGCAGCACAGAGCAGCAGCUGGUCGAGCUGAUUGGUGCCGCCGUGCAGCGCAAGAAGCGUCAACAUGCAGGCAUGCUGAAUCUGUCGCAAAUGGAAAAUCGCCCAAUGAUACUCAUAGGCGGCUAAUCCACACCAAGAGCACAACAUUCCCACCCCCCCAACUGUUUGCCUGUUUGCUUGCAGGCAACAUCAUCAUCAUCAGUAGGAGCAGGAGCAGCAGAAAGAGCAACAGCAGUAGCAGCAGGAGCAGCAACAGCAGGAGCAGCAGGCAGAUCAUGAAUCAUCCUCAUCAACAACAGCUGCGCAACUGCAGCACUUUGACGCACAUCAAUGCCCAGGGCAAGGCACAAAUGGUCGAUGUCGCCAACAAGGCCAAUACCACGAGGUUAGCCAGCGCAGAGGCCACCGUUCGGGUGGGUGAACAGCUCACCAAGCUUAUAGCCGCCAAUGAGCUGGCCAAAGGCGAUGUGCUAAGCAUUGCCCAAUUGGCGGGCAUUAUGGGCGCUAAACAAACAUCGCAAUUGAUACCAUUGUGCCACAACAUUGCAUUGUCCUCGGUGCGUGUGCAGGCCACUCUGCUGGAGUCGGAGCAUUGUGUGCUUCUGGUGGCCACGGUGCGUUGCAAUGGUCAGACAGGCGUCGAAAUGGAGGCGCUAACUGCCGUCUCUGUGGCUGCACUCACCGUUUACGACAUGUGCAAAGCUGUGUCCCAUGACAUCUGCAUCACAAACGUGCGCCUGCUGAGCAAGUCGGGUGGCAAGCGAGACUUUCAACGGCGUCAAUAAAAUCGGCAUAUAUCAAAUUUA